AAAAAUGAAGCUGUAAAAGCUAUAAAUUUAAUUAACAAUAAGAAACUACAACUAUCGAUGUUUUAUGGUGAAUAUCGAUGCUAAUACCAGUAUAACAAUAAUACUUGAAUAACAUAAUAAAUUUGUACCCAAUAAUGCUAUUUUCAUCUCACGAUUGAUGUUAAAGAGAAAAAAAAUUGAAAAAACUGUAAUCGAACUAUCCAUUUAACCGAGCCAAGAUAUAAGUGCCUCACGAUUUUUCGAUUCGCUUGUGUUUCAUAAAACAAGAGACUAAAAACAAAUGCGAACAUAGCGUCGAUAUUGACAUUUCCCAGAAACAACAACAAAAUACAAACCGUACAUUCGUGUCUUCGUAAAUACUCGUAUAAAAUGUCAAAUUUACUUUGUAUUGUAUACGAUGAAAUACGGUGUUGACGGUUAAAUCUCAUUACGAGUGAUCGCUCGGUCGCGGAAGAUUUUGAGUCGUGAGUGUAACGGCUGUUGUGCGACUAUACUUACAAUUUAAUAAAUACAUUUCAAAUAAAAAAAAAACAUGGCCAAAGUCCGAAUGUCCACAACCAAAGCAACUCCGGCCCUGAACGUCCACGCGCGAAGUAUUAUACUGAGGACGCAGAUCUAUACAAUGGAGGAAAAGGCGUCACUAAAGGAGCUUGACCAGUGGAUAGAACAGUUAAACGAUUGCAAACAACUGACAGAAAGCCAAGUGAAAACUCUCUGCGACAAGGCUAAAGAAAUUCUGGCCAAAGAGUCCAAUGUACAGGAAGUGAAAUGUCCGGUUACCGUGUGUGGCGAUGUUCAUGGUCAGUUCCAUGAUUUGAUGGAAUUGUUUCGAAUAGGAGGCAAAUCUCCAGACACAAACUACCUGUUCAUGGGCGACUAUGUCGAUCGUGGUUAUUACUCCGUCGAAACAGUGACUCUCCUUGUUGCACUGAAGGUUCGAUAUCGCGAAAGAAUAACCAUCCUGAGAGGCAAUCAUGAAUCGAGACAAAUCACUCAAGUUUACGGUUUUUACGAUGAAUGUCUCCGUAAAUACGGAAACGCAAACGUGUGGAAAUUUUUUACUGAUUUAUUCGAUUAUCUGCCAUUAACGGCGCUCGUCGAUGGUCAAAUAUUCUGUCUACACGGCGGUCUCUCACCAUCGAUCGACACGCUGGAUCAUAUUCGUGCGCUGGAUCGUCUUCAAGAAGUGCCACAUGAGGGACCCAUGUGCGAUCUUUUGUGGUCCGAUCCCGAUGACAGAGGAGGGUGGGGAAUUUCUCCACGUGGUGCCGGUUAUACAUUCGGUCAGGACAUUUCUGAAACGUUUAAUCACUCAAACGGCCUGACUCUUGUGUCGCGAGCUCAUCAACUGGUCAUGGAGGGUUACAACUGGUGUCACGAUCGUAACGUCGUAACAAUAUUCUCGGCACCCAAUUAUUGUUACCGUUGUGGUAACCAAGCCGCAAUAAUGGAAUUGGAUGAUACUCUGAAAUAUUCAUUCCUCCAGUUUGAUCCAGCACCUCGGCGCGGUGAGCCACACGUAACUAGACGGACACCUGAUUACUUCCUGUAAGGAGUCGACGGAUAAGAGAAGCGGAAGAAAACAAAAAAGAACCCCGAAGGAGGUAGUUGUUAAGGUAGGGGAAUGGAACGAUGCCUGGCUUUAUAGUGUCGCCACAGAACAUGAAAAAAAAAAACGAAAAAGAAAAAACACAGAUAAUACCUGUAAUAGAAGAUCGUCAUGAGUGUAAGGCCUUUCCCUGAGUUGCCCUUACACGCCAUAAUAUAGUCCCAAGUAUUAUAUCAUGGCUCACUUUACAGUGACUCUCUUUCUCCGAGCGAAAAGUAAAACGAGAAAAUGGAAAAAAAAAGGAGAAGAAAAAACAUUGGAAAAUUUAACGAUUAAGAUGCUCUCCGUGUGCAUACGAACAAAUAUAUAAAUACACUUACAUACACGUACAAACAUACACACCGAAACAAAUACACAAUACACGGUCUUUGUAGAACACAUCUUGUACACAAGAGCAAAAACAAUAAUGUACACACGCGGUACCGAUUAAAUUCACCUAGGACAUUGAGUUUCAUCAUUUCCAAGGCAUUAUUGCUUGUAUUUUUUAUUAUCGUGAGAGUGAACGAAAGAAGAAAGAAAGAAACAGAAACAGAACAGUUAAAAAAACGCAUGGAACACAGUGAAUCCCGUCUAUCGGACGUGUAUUAUAACGCAAUGGCGGUGAUAUCAUCUUUUCGAAUGAAAACUCCAAUGAAAGUUUAUUUAUUACGAACAUAGAAACCUUAAAAGGAAGAAAAAGGGAUGGGACAAGGUUUUCCUCGAGCGUUAUUUGUUCCGUGUUAUAUUCAUCAUUGAAUGGGCCCAUCGUGUGAAAACAACAAAAAAGCCAACUUUUUCAUGAGAUAACUCAUUCGAGUCAGUUCGAAAUCAUAAUCAACAAGAGAAGCACGCAAGUUUUUUGUUGAAAGGAAAUGUGAUUAGAAGUAGAUUUGAUGCAAUAGUGAGUUAAUCCAUACGAUUAAACGAAAGCAGACGACAGUAAAAAUUUGGCGUUUUUAUUACUUUUUUUUGUAUUUCGAAGAAUUCCAAUUCAUUAAUGCAUCGCUGAAACUCAUUUAUUAUCGAAUAUUCCUCGGUUCGGUUGACCAAGAGAGCUUCAAUGGACCACGAUUACUACUCGGAGGAAAGACUCCAGAGGGGGAGAAAAAUGAACAAAAAAGCACACGAACGAAAUUGUCGCAAAUUCCCUUACGAUAUCAGCCAAUAAAUUUAAUGAAGAUUUUUGUCCUGAAAUCCCAUUAUUAAAUAUCGUCUCCGUCGUCGUCUGUUCUGCGUAUAAAUUCUUCGAAUUCCAAUGCGUUGACAUGACAAGACGACGAACUUAUUUUCAUCUUCGAGUUCAGAUCUAAAGGGCUGUGGAGAACUGGCAAAAAUUUUCUUUCAAUCAUUCAUCUGAUUAUUAUUAUAUAUAAAUAUAAUUAUAAAUAUGUAUGAAUAUAAAACAAAAAAAAAUACAUUGCGAGAGAGAUUCGAUGACCAGUGGGAGGCGAAACACACUUUUGCAUCAAACUCAAAAAUAAAAUGAAUGAAACACGCACUCUCCCUCAAGAAGAAUAAAACAAAACAAUGUACCGAACGUUUAUUGAAUCGCGAAUAUUUGCAACUACGAUACUGACGAACUUUUUACUAAUAAAAAUAAGUAUACAAGAGAAAAAGAAAACGAAACAAACAAAUCAUAGUAACAAAUACAGAAAAAAAGAUGCUUCUGGUAAAUAAAAAAUAAAAAAAAUUACAAAAAAAAAGUGAGAAUUAAAUAUGUAUUGCAAAAGCCAAACCAAAACUUGACGUGUUGUGUCAAAUCAUUCGUAAUGAAUCGUCGAUACGGUGGGACAACAAUUAACAAAUACCGAUGCUGUAUACAUAAAACAUCCGAAAAAAGAAACACACGUACAGAUGUAUUCGUAGGAGUAAGGAUGGAAAAAAAAUUGAAUAUAUGCAUACUGAAUUAAAGAGAUGAAAAAACCGAA